AAGCUCCCAUAUCCAGGCCACGUGUGGAUUUGAUAUUCCAUUGGCUCUCAUUUCAUAUUUUCGUUCCAAGCAGAACAUCACACCUUAUCCAUCAUCUGGAUAUAGCAGCAGAUAAAGCGUCAGAAUUAAAACACAAACGAGGUUUUUAUAUUGUUCCAUUCCACCUAAUUCAUUCUGCCACGCCUUCUUUAAUUUCUCUGAUUUGAUUCAUGGCUUUAGCACUUUCCUCCACUGCAUUGUCAAGCCUUCCAAACAGAGAAAUUCGUCAAAAGGGUUUCCCAGACAGAACACCCACAUGCUUGAGUUUGACCAGAAGAACAGUUGCAAAUGCUACAAAAGGGGUCUCAGCUGUCUGUGAGCCACUUCCUCCAGAUAGGCCAUUGUGGUUCCCUGGUAGCUCACCUCCUGAGUGGCUUGAUGGAAGUCUUCCUGGUGAUUUCGGUUUUGACCCUCUUGGAUUAGGGUCUGAUCCAGAGUUGCUAAAGUGGUUUGCUCAAGCAGAACUAAUGCAUGCAAGAUGGGCAAUGCUCGCGGUGUUCGGAAUUCUCGUACCCGAAUUGCUCGAAAAAAUCGGUUACAUCGAAAACUUCUCUUGGUACGAUGCUGGUGCGCGAGAGUAUUUCGUGGACCCAACAACAUUGUUCGUUGUGCAAAUGGGCCUGAUGGGCUGGGUGGAAGGCCGAAGAUGGGCCGACAUGGUCAAUCCGGGGAGCGUUGACAUUGAGCCCAAAGUGCCACACAUUACGAACCCGAAGCCCGAUGUUGGGUACCCAGGUGGGCUUUGGUUUGACCCAAUGAUGUGGGGGAGAGGGUCACCGGAGCCAGUGAUGGUUUUGAGGACCAAGGAGAUCAAGAAUGGAAGACUUGCAAUGUUGGCCUUUGUUGGGUUCUGGUUCCAAGCUAUUUACACUGGGGAAGGACCCAUUGAAAAUUUGAUGGCACACCUUGCUGAUCCUGGUCACUGCAACAUUUUCUCGGCUUUCACGCGUUAGUGCAAUGUAUAGUUUGAAGAAAAGAAGACGGAAGACGUGCGUCCGGAAUGAACAUAGCUUUAUGCUGCACCAGCAAUAUCCGUUAUUUACUUUAUACAUGUACUUUGCUUCCUAAUCCAAGUUUUACAAUUGACACAAGGGUUUGAUUUUUUUAAACAAAUUCGAAUUACUAUUGUUUUUUUUUCAUCUUUUAAAUUAAAAGGGCAAUUUCGUGGA